CCGAACGUGGACGCACGCAUGUUAUCAAAUUAAAUAAAUCUAUAUAAAAGUAUCGAUAAAACAUUGAUUAUUAUCUAAAGUUAAUUUAACCGAUUGUGACGUGACAGUGGAACAAUUUUUGUGUAAACGUUUCUUGUUAUCAUGUGAAAAUAGACAAUUUGAUAAUUCUAUUUUUAAAAUACUUCGAUUACUGCAAAAUCAUCAUAAAGUCUCAAUAUGGCUGCGGAUAUGUCAUAUGCCAAUGCCACCUUGGACAAUGGCUUGUCACAAAUGGUGAACAGCCAUUUAAAAGGAGUCGGCAGAUUAUUUUACAUCCAUUCCCCCAAAGAUACAAUGUUUGAGAGACAGGAAGAUGUACCCAACUUCUUUAGACAGUCAUGGCCUUAUUUCUUAAUCUUCAUGGUCCUGGAACACAUAGUGUUAAGAUUAAAGGGUCACAAAGGAAUACGUCUUAACGAUGGCAUCACCAGUAUCUCUCACGGCAUUUUCCAAGAAUGUGGCAGGCUAGUAUGGCGUGGUGCGGAAUCAUACCUGUACACCUGGAUAUAUACUAACUUCAGGAUAGUGGAGUUGCCAUGGGACCAUACAAUUACGUGGUACGCGGCCGCUAUUGGUGUCGACUUCUGUUACUACUGGAUGCAUAGAGCUUGUCACGAGGUCCACAUCCUAUGGGCGCAGCAUCAAGUGCACCACACGUCUGAAGACUUUAAUAUGGGAGUCGGCAUCCGACAGUCCGUCAUGCAGGGCUGGUGUGGUUUUAUAUUCUACCUGCCUUUGGCGCUGGCUAUUCCGCCGGCGCAGUUCGUGAUGCAUCACCAGUUUAGCUACUUGUACAUGUUCUGGAUACACACGGAGGCCAUCAAGAGCCUCGGACCGCUAGAGUACAUACUCAACACACCUAGUCAUCAUAGAGUUCAUCAUGGUAGUAACAAAUACUGUUUAGACGUGAAUUACGGCGGAGUACUUAUUAUCUGGGAUAGAAUCUUCGGGACUUUCAAACCUGAGAUCGAAAAGAUGGAGAUCGUAUACGGACUCAUCUAUAACCAGCCUUCAUUCAACCCCUUGUACUUACAGACGUUUUACACGGGUUAUGUGGUGGAUAAAUUCCAACGUUUUGAUACGGUCGGUGAUAAACUGAGAGCAAUAUUCUGGGGGCCGAGCUGGGAGCCUGGUACACCACGGCUUGGUGCGGAUGAUGACAAAAUUGAAAUCUUGGCAAGAGAUAAAUACGACGUGCAUUUACCGUUUUGGUGCAACCUCUAUCUUGUCGCACACUAUGCUGUGGUAUUCUACGGGUUCUUUGAUCUCACCGACAGAUAUAUGGGUAUGACACCAAUAUCUGUUCUUAUCUUCGUCUUCUAUAUUAUUGCUUCAUUAACCAUCAUUGGUAUGGUCUUCGAUAACUCCAAAUACGCACCAAUCCUGGAAGCACUGAGAUGUUCAGCAUUGGCUUUCUUCACAAGAAGCCUGAGCACCACUAAUCCUGGCUUAGGAACAACUCUUCAAUUCUUCUACGUUAUAUCAGCCAUGUUCUGGUGCUUACACACUUUGAAACUUCUAGAAAUCAAAAAGAAGAUUAAAGCGGAAUAAAUCUAGUCCUAUAAACUCUUACCAAAAAAUUUUCCUUAGAUAGUUUUUGCAUAUAAGUAGCAGAAUAAAUGUGGGUUUCUGAGUUCAAAUUCUGUACAUUAAAGAUGUCAUUCCCAUCUUUGAAAAAUCGUAGAGAGCAAUAUGAUUUAAACGGCGAUUUUGAUCUCAGAAAUCACGGUAAAUGGUGUCAUAGUUCAGUGUUGAUAUUAUUGUAUUAGUUACUUUAAUAACUUUGAGUAGUAA